UGCCCUGUGCGCCGUGCUCGGGGCACCGCCGGGCGGGCAGCGAGGCCGGGGCGGCGGCGGCGGGCCCGCGCUACGAGGUGGUGGUAAUCGGUGGCGGCCAUGCGGGGACUGAGGCUGCCGCCGCCGCCGCUCGCGGCGGGGCGCGCACGCUGCUGCUCACGCACAAGAUCGGCACCAUCGGGGAGAUGUCCUGCAACCCCUCCUUCGGCGGCAUCGGGAAAGGGCAUCUCAUGCGAGAGGUGGACGCGUUGGACGGGCUGUGUGGCCGCGUCUGCGACCGCUCCGGCGUACACUACAAGGUGCUGAACCGCUGCAAGGGCCCGGCCGUGUGGGGCCUCCGCGCCCAGAUCGAUCGGGGUCUCUACAAGGAGAACAUGCAGAAAGAAAUCCUCAACACACCACUGCUGACAGUUCAUGAGGCAUCUGUGGAGGAUCUUGUCUUGACAGAGCCAGAACCAGAUCAUCCUGGGAAAUGCCAAGUCACAGGAGUUGUUCUUGGGGAUGGGAGCACCGUGCAUGCUGGCAGUGUUAUCCUGACCACUGGUACCUUUCUGAGGGGUAUGGUCCUCAUCGGACUGGAGGCACACCCGGCUGGACGUCUCGGGGACCAGCCAGCCAUUGGGCUGGCUCAGACUCUGGAGAGACUGGGGUUUGCUGUGGGCAGGCUGAAGACUGGCACACCCCCCCGACUUGCCAAAGACACCAUUGACUUCAGUGGUCUGGAGGAACGUCCAGCUGACAAUCCUCCAGUGCCCUUCAGCUUCCUCAGCAAGUCCGUGUGGAUAAAGCCAGAAGAUCAGCUGUCGUGUUACCUGACCCGCACUACCCUGAAAGCCCAGCAAAUUAUCCAUGAUAACCUCCACCUCAACAACCACGUAAGGGAGACAACGAGGGGCCCACGGUACUGUCCUUCUCUUGAAGCAAAGACUCUGCGCUUCCCAAACAGACAACACCAGGUGUGGCUGGAGCCCGAAGGCUUGGAGUCCAAUGUCAUUUACCCUCAGGGCAUGUCAAUGACACUGCCACCUGAGCUCCAGGAGCAGGUGAUCAAAUCCACCCCAGGCUUGGAAAAAGCAAAGAUGUUACAGCCAGGCUAUGGGGUGCAAUAUGAUUUUUUAGAUCCCCGUCAGCUGACUGCUUCUCUCGAGUCUCGUCUUGUGCAGCGCCUCUUCUUUGCAGGCCAGAUAAAUGGCACCACAGGCUAUGAAGAAGCUGCAGCUCAGGGUGUGAUUGCUGGGAUCAAUGCUUGCCUGCGGGUUCAUGGCAAGGCCCCUUUCGUGGUCAGUCGCACGGAAGGCUACGUUGGUGUCCUGAUUGAUGACCUGACCACGUUGGGCACCAGCGAGCCGUACCGGAUGUUCACCAGCCGCGUGGAGUUCCGCAUGUCCCUCCGGCCUGACAACGCCGAUGCCAGGCUCACCCACAGAGGUUUUGAAGAAGCUGGGUGUGUGUCACAGCAGCGGUACGAACAGGCAGUUAAGAUGAGAGCUGCUUUAGAGGAUGGAAUUGCAACGCUGAAAUCCCUUCAGUUCAGCAUAUCCAAAUGGUCCCAGUUAGCACCAGAAGUUCCCAUCAGCAGCAGUCGAAGGUCGCCCGUGAGUGCCUUUGACAUCCUCCAGUAUGCAGAGGCCAACAUGGACAUUCUGGCAAGGGCUUUCCCAGAGCCCCUAGGAAAGCUUGCUCAAUGGAGAGAGCUGGCAGAGAGAAUGAAAAUAGAAGCUGCCUAUGAGUGGUGUGUAGUCAAUCAACAGCAGGAAAUAGAAGAAGUACGUCGUGAUGAAGCCCUCCGGCUGCCAGAGGACCUGGACUACUUUGCCAUUGAUGCAUCACUCUCAGCAGAGGUGCGGGAGAAACUCCACUCCAGUCGUCCCCAGACGAUCGGUGCAGUCAGCCGCAUCCCUGGGAUUACACCAGCUGCUAUUGUUAACCUGCUCAGAUUUGUGAAAACCAACCACCAAAAGCCUAAGAAGCUAAAAGCUGUGCCUGACACUGGCAAGGAUUUACCAGGAAAAAUGUACUCAGAGAAAGCAACUUCCCAAAGACAGACUUCAGGAGGGCUUUCUGAAGAGGAGCCAGAGAUUACUUUUGCUAAAACACCUUUGUAGAGAAGUGUAACCCUCCUACCAGUGAAAGCACCAAGGUGACCUGUGCUCACGAGCCUCUUCACAGAUAAAAGCAAUGCUGGCUGGAUCUGUAUCAGUUCUAGUUGUGUGUUGUGGCAGUGUCAUCGAGUAGAACAAAGAUAACAAAUGUGCAAACUUCAAGUAGAUGCUCAGGAAUCUCAAAGGCAGUUUGUGGUUUUGCCAGUCCAAAUUAAAAGACAGGGCAAUUACUUUUAAAAUUCCACUCAUUUGGAAAACGUCAAAUAGUCAAAAUCUGCACUAAAGCAUCUCAGAAAGGACAGUGUUUUGUUCUUCUGAAGUGAGUAGAAAGUGUUACCUUGCUGAACCCAUGGCAGCAGAAGAGGAUUUCAGUUGGAAAGAGUUCCAUUGACUUCAGUACUUGUGUUCAUAGCUGCACAGUGACUGAUCACAGUCUGAUGUUCUAGUGUGGUGUCAGCCAAUAGGAGACACUUGGCUAUGAAAAUGUGUGCCACACGAGUAUUUAAACUGAGGCAUGUAAACACUGCAUCCUGGGUUGGUUUGUUUGGGGUUUUUUUCUCCUUUAAAAUAAAUAAAACUUACCUUGA